GUCAGCAAACAUCUAUGAGUGGUUGUAAUGCAAAGAGGGAUACGAGUCGCUCCAACACAGUCCGUAGGAAUCGAGGUAACGGCAAGUUGUCAAGAUACCACCGAUCACAACGGAAAACGCGUUUGCUGGCGGGAGUUUACCGCUGAGGCGUCGGAUGGAUGAUGAGGAGGAGGACAUGUCACGGCCCAUCUCGCAGCUCUGGGGAACGCCCUUUAGGGACGUCAAAUACGAAGACCGAACCACACAGAUCGCGGCCGGACAGGCCCUCGCUGCCGUCACUGCUGCCGUGCCCACGUCGCAGAGCCACAACAACAACAGCAUCGCCAUUAACACACUGCCCUGCAGCUUGUACCGGCAGCCUCGCAUACCCUUUCACGGCAACGCUGGAUUACGCUCACAUUUCCCCGCUCAGUUUGAGCCCAUGGAGGACCGGGGAGAGAGGCAGAUUGAAGAGGAGGAGGAAGAGGGCAGAGGGGAGGAAGAUGACAGGAUGGCAGAGAGGCCGGAGGAGCCGGCGGGGGUGAGCGUCGAGGCCCAAAUUGGUCGUAAACUUCGGGAGAUCGGAGACAAGUUCCAACAGGAUCACGUUGAACUGUUCAUGAGGCAUCAGAGACAAAACCUGCCUGCCUGGAUGCGCCUUACCAUGGCCCUGUUUGGCUUUCUGUUUCCAAGAGAGGCUCUGUUCCCCCGCCUGAGACGAGAGCAGAGAUGAAGGGACUGCCGGUCCUUGCCUCAACCCUUGUCCCUCCCCCACAGGGACAAGGGACCAGACUUUAAGAGAUGGCACUGUAAGAUGGAACACGGGUUUGGAUUUUGUUUUCUAAUUGAAUAUGAAGAUGAGAUGAAGAAAACACUGGUCACCGCUGGACGGAGACUGAUUACAAUUUUUUUGUUUUGUUUUUGUUUUUUGUUUUUGUUUUUUCGUCUUUCCAAGAAGGAGCCAUUGUGUUUGAAGAGAUAUUUUCGAAAUAUUUGUAAGAUUACCUAUUUUGUACAGUAAACUGCUCUUUUUAUUUGGUAUUUCAAGUCUUGAAGGACCUCCAUCAGUCCGGGGAAUGCCUUACUCUCUCCUGCCACAGUACAACUCUUUUGCAUCAAGGAAAUCAUAAGAAAGACAUACAUUUUCAGAUUAGGCCACUUUUUUUUGGCGACAAACUGUGGACGUGGACAUUUCUGUGCUGAAGUUACUGACUUAAAAACCUUGAGGACUUGAGGCGCAUUUCUAAUUUAUUCUUGGAAAAACAAUAAUCCCUGUACCUGUCCUUUACUGUUCCACACUGGCUAAGUUGAAAAUGGUUGUCAUGACGUGUCGCACACUGGUGCUGCACUGUUGCUCAGUUUAGAUGCGUGUUUUACCAGCUUCCACUGUAGACGUAGGGACAUUAUAUCAACCUGUGUCAUCCAUCAACACCCCUGUCUCCAAGUACCACUCAUGUUGUGAACGACCCACUGUGUAGAUUCCGAUCCCGUUGAGUUAAAGACAUAUGCAUACUUGAAUUUAGGUGUAGUAAAGAUAUUUUAGCCGAGUUGCGACGUGAUUACGCUUUCCAUUUGUGAUCAUGUGUUUGUAGGAGUGUGUGCUUACCGUUACCUGCAGUAGUUUUGAAGCCAAAUAAGCACAAAGUCAAACAAAAUCUCCUUUGUGGGAUUACGAUCAGGGAACUGGAAAACAAUCAGACUCCUGACAGUCUUUGGAUGAAUUUCAUCAUUUCCUAAAGCUUUUCAGGAUUUCUUUCUCUGGCUGGAUCGACAAUCGCAAACUUUGCCCCUUUGCUGCAUCGUGGGGUCACCUGUGAGAGAGAUGGCAUUUAUCAGCAUUUGUUAGGGGUGAGCAAUAUUCAAGCCAGAGGGAGGAAGUAAAAAUCUUAGGGAUCUGUUGCAUUUUGCAAUCACACUGACAUCCAUAGAAGGACAUUUCCCAGAAUAUGGCUGUGUUCUCAAUGAAAUACAAAUAUCUUUGUUACAGAAACAUUUUGGGUUAAAGUUACAGAGAUGCAUUUUUAUUUUGUUUUACUACAGGUCUAAAUCUAAAUGUCUCGAGCACUGAUUUAAUCCCGAUGUGCUGAUGCGGUGAGUUGACACGUAAUCGGCUCACCCUUUCAUUCAAGUGCUUUCUUUCACCAAACUGCCAGUGGUACAUUGAGCUUCACUGAGAACUUCAGCUUCUGUACAGUUCAGAAAAACGUUUUUAGUAAUCACACAGACACAUUUGGGUAUAGGACAAAGUUUAUACAUCCUCGUGCGACAACUGCUACGUUAGCAUUUUGCAGCGACACAGCCACUGUUUCUCAAUGUAAGGAAAGAGUCUUUAAGGACUUUAAAUAAGAUGUUUAAAAUUCCUCAUUUGAUGUAUUAUUUCGCUCUGUCGUAGAUUCAUGAUAUGAACUUUUGAAGACACUGAUGGUUUUUUUUUUCUUCUCUUUUAUGUUUUCUUCAGGGAGUAGUUAAUAAUGUUAAUUAAAUAUGUCGGCUAACGAUCUGCCUUUGAGCGAAGGACGCCAUGCAUCCGCGCUGUCAGUCUUUGAUGUAGUAGACGAUGCUGACCGAGCAAAGGUGUUUCAUUUUUGAUGUUUUCCAAAUAAUUUCCACUCAACAUCAACAUAGAAGUACGUUACAGAUUUCGUUUUUUCGGUAACUACACGAGGAGCUGAACCAAAAGUUUGUUUCCUGCAAACACUGAACGCUGAGCCAAUUCUGAUAAUUAUGACACACUGUCUUCAGUCCAAAGCGUCACGCCUGCACUCUCUUUCAUCGAUCGCCAUGUUUAACUACUCCCUGUCCUUAUCGAUAACAAGUUUCAUUUGGUUUGGUUUUCUUUUUCGAUAAUUUAUUCUAAUUUAUUUUGUGUAUAUUUGCUCAGUGCUACUGUAUAGAUGCUGUCUCAGUGUGUACAGUCUUUUUUCCUUCUCAUUGUUGAUGUGCAUUCAGUUGUGUGUGUUUGAUGCCUGUGUGUGCGGGGAGGUUGGACUAAAGCCAUGUGCCUCGUGCGUUCUCACACGAAUGGUGUGAGUCUUACGGAUCACGUGAACAACAGACAAUCAAAUGUACAAAAUGUGCCUUGUGAGUAACAGACCUGCCACAUCAUCACCAACACUUGGCAUAAUUACCCAAAGUCACUGGUCACAGCUCUCGUUUGUCACUUGGGCUCUGUGAGAUCAACGCACUCUGAUACAACAGAGUUGGCACAAACAGUACACAGUAAGUGUGUUCGUUGUGCCUUGAUAGAAAAAAAAAACCCAUCAGUUUGAUUCCUCGCAUCGGCUCACGAGGCACAGGCUCAACCUUUGACAUCUCUCAGCACGAACGGCGAGUUUCACCAACGCAAAACCUUCUGAAUAUCAGAAACGACUGUUUGCAAUCAAUGUGCACUGUAAAAAAAAACAACAACAAUUUUUUACUUGUAUACUGUAUUUUGCGCCUCUCUCUUUCUACUCCUGUGCUGAACUUCCCCUCUAGAUUCCUGAAACUUUUUAAGAUCUGUAAUAUGCUGGAUCGGCCUAGCUUGUCUGGGUUUUUGUGCUUUAUUAUCUACAAUCUAGUAGGGCUGUGGGUUUACAUUUGAAGGAGGAACGAGCCACCAUGGUGCCCAGUAUUAUUUGUAUGUGAGAUGGGUUGAACAGCCACUCAGUCGGUGUGGUGUUGAUCUGAGCCUGUCGUUACCAACCACUGUUGCAACCCUGACUCAAGUGAAACAUUUAUUUUUAUUUGUUUAACCUUCAGUGUCUUUAAUAUCAAAUUUAUUCAAUCAGUUUUUGAGUAUCCAAGAAAGAGUGCAUCUUUACUGUCAAGUGCUGUGAUUUGGUGUUUUUUAUACAUUAGACAUGAAUUUGACACAGCUAUUGUUGCUAUCUUUAUAAAAAAAUCUUAGCAAAAUUUUUCCAUAUCUUUUUGUAAGAAGACAAAGAAAGAACUACAACAAGACAACUUUUUUGCUUUUCUAUGAUUGCUUUUUUUUUUAAUGUUGUGGCAUUUUUAAUUUUGGAUAUUGCAAGGUCUGUUGUGUCACUCUCAGUUCAAGGGCUUUUUUCAAUAUAUGUAAAUGGAGUAAAAAUGCAUGUCCAACAUUCCUGAAAAAAUCUGUAUCUUAAAGGGUUUGAAUGUAAUUUAAUGGAGUGAAAACCACAAUAUCUCUUUUAAUACAUGAACUGAACAGUGGAACUGAUCUCAGACUCCUGUGCUGUGCGCGCGGCGGGUUUGUAUUGUCUUCACUUUGCUUUCUUUACGUUCAGAGUGGUCUCAAGGAUUUCACAUUCAUGUGUCCUUUGAAGUGAGACCCAGGCCAGAUGUAGCAGUUUUUUCGUUAAAGCAUUGGCUGUGUUAUCGUUGGGACUGCUCUGUGUCUGCUGCAGUUUUUCAAACAGCGUGGGACAUGGAGCGAUGGAGGGAACGGAGGAGGACGGGGGAUGUUUGUUCUUUUUCUAGUGCAAUAUGCUGUACAUAAGAGCUUGGCUCUCGAAAUCUUACAAUUUCUCUUAAUUUCUUUUGUUGUUAAAUGGGUACAUUGCUGUUUUUUUUCCAUUAAAACUUUAUGG